CGCCCACCUCCGCUGUGAUUUGACGCGUGUCCCAGGUCACGCACGCGCGCUCCUAGCACAGUAUUUAAAGCGCAGAAAGUUUUCCGAGUUCAUCCAAAACCCCGCAGACAAGCAGCGCCGUGUUCCUCCGCGUCAAAGGUGCCAGCUCUAUCCCAAACAUGGACAGGUCGGUCAGGUUCGCUGUGGUCUGCGUCGGAGUGUCUCUGCUCGUUUCCUGCCACUCAGCUGAAGCCUGGUACAAGCAGUCCACCGGACCCAUUUUCUACCCGGUGGGGCGCGCGUCCGGUUUGCUGUCCGGCAUCAGGAGGUCACCGUACGUCCGGAGAGCCGAGUCCGAGGAGGUCCUGGCGGACAGUAAAGAGGCGGCCGAGAACAGCGUGACCCACGACGCCAGCAGGCAGAUCUCUGCGCUCAAAGACAUGGCCAUCUGCGUGAAGGACGUCUCCCCCAACCUGAAGACAUGCGAGCUGCUGCGGGACGGGACCGGAACCUUCCAGUGCAAGGCGGAUGUCUUCCUCACCCUGGACUCCUUGGACUGCCUGUCCGCGUGAGCGGAGCACGCGCGCGCAGCCCCAAUCCUCCACCUGCAAACGCUUCUAUUGAGAGGGGGGGAGACUGUAAGAAAAUCUGGGAGGAUGCAGGAGAGCGCGCGGGUGGAUGAGAAUGUUGUUAUUGAAACAUUUUUGCUUUAGUUUGACAGAAUUAUCUGAAGCCAUGUUGACUGUAGGGCGAAUUUCCCCAAAAACACUGCUUUUAUUUUACCUAUUAAAAUGAAGAAAGACUGAGAA